CUUCAGGCGCUGCCAUGUUUACACGGGCACAUCUCCGAGUUGCAACGCUGAUCUCGACGCGAGCUCGUAGCGCCGUGAUACGUCGCGCACGGAUGAACUACAGGUGACGCCGCCGCCGCCGCCUCCGGACUCGCACACGGGGGCAUUCCCGCCUGACGGACCGGGGUUCGCUGCCCUUUCCUGACCACGCUCGCCUGUUCGCGCUUUUUGCCCUCUCCCGCUACACUGUGUUCUUCUCGAGUGAGAGAGAAGAGUCGUCACCUUUGCAACUUUUGAGCCUUCAGCGCCGGCUGACAAUGAGCGUAUCCCGUGGCAAAAUGAACGAGGACCCAGGAAGUGUGAGGCUCUCCUUCCGCGGGGGCAUUUACCGGAGCACGGCGGACGGCUCGAGCAUGUCGACGACCAACCUGGCCGAGGACGCGGCCCCGCCCGCCGUGCAGCGCCCACCCGCACUGCCGUCGCUGCCGGCGCAGGGCUCCAAGGAGCUGGACGCGGCCGACACCGAGGACACGGAGUCGGCGGGCGGGGCGGCGCCCACGCCUCGAGGGGGUGCCUGCCGAACUUUCCUGCGACACAACCGGCUCACCGUUGCCACCAUAGCGGCCGUGGUGGCCGGCAUCGUGCUCGGAGUCGUACUCAGGCCGCUAGGGCCCUUCUCAAAGCGUCAGCUGAUGUACAUCAACUUUCCUGGCGAGAUGUUCCUGCGCAUGCUGCGCGGGCUCAUCCUGCCCCUGAUCACCUCGAGCAUGGUGGCCGCCGUGGGAGCGCUGGACGCGCGCCUCUCGGGUCGAAUCGGCCUGCGCGCCGUCAUCUACUACUUCACAACCACGUUCUUGGCCAUCGUGCUGGGCAUCGUGCUCGUCACGGGUCUGCAGCCGGGCGCCGGCGACAGCGAAGCGUCCGCCUCCAAGACGUCCAAGGCGCGGCUCGUCACCACCGCCGACACACUCAUGGACCUCAUCAGAAACGCUUUCCCGCCUAACGUGAUUGAAGCCUGUGUCACGCAAUUUUCGACGAUUGUUAUCAAGCCACCAGGAAAUGCGACCAAUACAUCCAUGUACGACUGGGACUACAAGACGGUGCAAGACUCCGGCACCAAUAUUUUGGGCCUCAUCGUUUUCUGCAUCGCGCUGGGAGCCACCGUGGGCCAGAUGGGCGAGAGCGGAAAGCCCCUGCUCGACAUAUUCACCUCCCUCUCCGACGCCAUGAUGAUCAUCACCAAGCUGGUCGUCUGGUUCUCGCCCGUGGGCGUCAUGUUCCUGGUGAUGGCCAAGAUGCUGGAGAUGCAGGACUUCUCGGUAGUGGCCGGUCAAGUUGGCCUGUACGCCCUGACCGUUCUGCUGGGCCUCCUGUUACACGGCUUCGUGGUGCUGCCGCUUAUCUAUUGGCUCGUCAUGCGGCAGCCGCCGUUCCGCUUCCUGAUCGACAUGCUACAGGCCAUUGCCACUGCAUUCGGCACCGCUUCCAGUUCUGCCACGCUACCGGUGACCAUAUCGACGCUGGAAGACAAGGUGAAGGUGGACCCGAAGGUGGUCCGCUUCUGCAUCCCCAUCGGAGCCACCAUCAACAUGGACGGAACGGCACUGUAUGAAGCCGUGGCCGCCAUCUUCAUCGCCCAGGUGCGAAAGGUGCCCCUGGAUGUCGGCAAGGUCAUCGCCAUCAGCGUCACGGCAACCGCUGCCAGCAUCGGUGCCGCUGGAAUCCCUCAGGCGGGCCUGGUUACCAUGGUGAUGGUACUGAACGCUGUCGGGCUCCCUGCUGACGACAUCACACUCAUCAUCGUCGUCGACUGGUUCCUAGACCGCUUCCGUACAGCCAUCAACGUGUUGGGCGACGCCGUUGGUGCCUGCGUCGUCGAACGCCUCAGUCUGAAGGACCUGGAGAAGCCUCACAGCUCAGGUGGUCGGGGCUCCAAGGACACCGUCAUCACGUCUAUGUAGACGACAGUUGUCCUUGCUGGCCUGUCCUUAAAUGGUACAGAGGGUCGUCCACGGUCACUCUAGAUGUGAGAGGUCAAAUCGCACGCCAGGAAAAAGGCCUUUUGCGGCUCGUUUCAAACCGUGGCGUAACUCGCGUGGAUGUUAACCGCAGAAGGCCAGAAAACCCUUUUGUUAGGUUUUUUAUAUUAAUUCGCGAGCAUACAUAGUUUAAACGCCAGCUGAAGACUCUACGUGGUUUCAAAUGUCUGCUGGUGCCCGCGAGCACUCCAGUCAUUAUCGACGAAUCGCAGCGCGCGCUGAAAUCAGCCCAAUGCAGGCGGUAAAACCAUGGCAUCCGAAAUCUGGCAGCGCGCAGGGAUAUUAGAGACCAAGGUGAAACUAUGCAGGUUCGUAUGAGGCUCAGCAGAGGACAGUGUAGUACUACAGCACUUCAGCCACGUUCAAAAGUUAUAAGUGCUUAUAUUAGUUUUGGCUUCGCCACGGGCGGGUUCCGUAUGGCUGGCUUGCUUAUCGUUUCUCUUAUAGCCUUUCUUGUUCGCAUAGCGCUUACGCUUGGUUAUGCAAACUCUGGCAUUUGGCAAAAAUCUGGCAACAUCUCUGGUUUUUAAUAACGUAAUUACAGCGAUUAUUUAUCAUAAAAAUUGUCAAAAUUAGAAAGGCGCGAUUUUGUCCCCGCUAUCGCAGCGACUUGUAGCAACAAUAAAUGGUCCUUGGCUCAUGUCCAUCGUUAAGUCUGUGUAAUGUAUUAGCUGUAACAGCUCCACAGGAUGAACGAUUUUCGGUAUUCUAAACGUCUUACUCUACAGGAGCUCCAAAACUGGUGGAUCACAACAAUGAAAUGCUAUAUUGAACAAAUAGCUCCCACAACAUUAAGUCACGGCGCGUUUCUGAAAAAGGACGUCGAAAAGCUACGGUACAUCGGGCCAUGUAAUUCCGCUCAGUUCCACACAGCUCAAACCUCCCUAUUGGCAGACACUAGAGCCAGGUUUCCCUCUGGCGAUCUUCGCACGAAACUAUUUACUGCCUGCAACAGUCGGUAAAACUUCAGCGCCUACCGUAAGAAGGCUCAUUCCUACCGUAAGAACGUCGAUUUUGCUCUCAAGUAUACUUACUAUGCGUUCAUACUCAACGCAUACUCGUAGUCCAGAAAUCACGAAAAGAGCUUUCCUCUCAGUCGGACUAGCAUUCUUUAAGACAUCCCUUUUCGUUAACCGCUCUGUUCGUGCGACUAAAUUGGCCAAUUAAAAAAAAGAAAACAUUUGACAAGUUAGAGAAGCGUAUCCGUUAUUGUGUAUACAGAUGCAGAUUAGUUUUCACUCUCAGCACCUGCAAUGCCACAAGAGGUCACGCAAACCAUUUAUUUUUUUUUUCUCGAAUGUACCUGUUCUUAUAAACUGUCUUAUUUAAGUGCAUGUAGUAAACGUUGGGCAGUGACUCAAUGUAAUGCAUACGCUGGCUAAAGCUUACAUGCGAAGGUUGAGCAGCCUAGUCGAACUCGGUGUCACUCAUUUCAUCCUCGUUCGUCAUGCGCUGUGCGCAAAUAGCGAUACGAGAUUAAAUGCAGGACAUUUAUCAUUUAUUAUAGGCCGCAAUGAAGCGCCGAACGCCUCACUCUGGUAAUUACUCUUUUUCCUUUGGGUGCAUAUAUUAGGUUAUUUCGAUAUUUAAAGAACGGAAGAACAUUGUAUAAAUUAUAUGAAAGAAGAGGUAUUUGAUCAAUGGCAGUAUUAGCGUGAUUAUUAUGAAAUAUUUAGCGUAUAAAUAUUGACAAUUAUUUAUGGUUAACUCCCAGACGGGCGUCUGAAGAUCAAGGGCGGUGGAGGGUGGAUUCAAAGGUUACUUGCUCUGUACUGCAUUAUAAAGCAUGGUGUUUCGAGUCGAUAUUGCGCCUAAGUCCACCUUCUACCCCACCCCUCCUCAUCCUCACCUCCGCUCACAGUUAUGACGCCACUCCUCGCGUUGCUUAUAUAGAUAGGCGAGUCUUGAAGGGCGAAAAGUAUUUAGUCUUGCGCGCCGCACAGUGACUCCCAAACACAGAGUUCCGUCUGCCCCUUCACAUCGUGCGCUGACCCUCUUGUUAAGCAGUGAAUGUACUAAGCACAGAGCUGCCAGUCCGCCUCUUGUAAACGGUGAAGUGCAAUCCUUGUGCCUAAGUUCGUCCCAUUUGUCUUGUCCCUAACAUGCAGUUAUCCCGGUGUGAACGUCAAAAGAAAGAAAAAGUAAAUGCGAGGGCGGGGAUGGGAGCAUUUACUUUCUGUCCGAUGCACAUGUACAUAACGCAAUAGCAGGGGACCUUCAUUCCUUGAUCAUCACGACCAUUGUUAAAUAAAAGGUAAUUUAUUUCA